AUGUAUAGAGAUUAUGGAUGUGCAGCUGAUGAUCUCUCCAGAAAUGAAGGCCCUGAGAAUCCGUCUGAUUCAAUAUUCCGACGUAAAAGGCAACAGCUUCCUCCGUGGUGCGUCUGCGAGAUUACGCCCGUCGUGUGCCCACCUGGGCCACCCGGACCACCUGGACCUCCAGGAGCGCCAGGAAUGCCUGGAAUGCCAGGACCCCGCGGGUAA